CCCUUAAUUUUCGUAAUUUUCUCAGGAAUUUAAAUCAAAAAUUAAAUUAAUUAAAUUUUAAGUAUUCGAUAAAUGAAAUGUGGCAGGCGCAAAAGUUUUGCUAUUGUAUAAGCUUACAAAUCGGCUGCAUAAUCAUAUCAUUUUUUACCCUUUUUCUGUGUACGGGACACCUGGUUGAAUACUUCCGAUUGCAGGAGAAUGACUGGGUAAUGCUUCUGUGGGGAUUAUUGCAUUUAGUUGCCUCUCUGUGUUUAUCUUACUCUGUGCUAAUGCAUAGAGCUCUCGUCGCUAUUUUAAUUUACUUAAUAAUCGAGACAGUCUACUUGAUAUACGCGAUUAUUUAUGCCUCGGUAUCCUCUGCCUUGAAGACGAAUACAUAUUCAAAUUAUGGUUUGACGUACAGUAUUGUGUUCUGGAGUUUUGUAGUACUAAUUUGUGUGAUAACCACAUACUUCCUAUAUAUUAUAACAUCAUAUUAUUGUUUGCGAAGGCAACAGCGCAAUGCUGCAAAUACACAAGCUUAAUACAA